AUUCGAUGAGGCCCAGGCCCAACACCUCUGUAUCAGCAGAUUCAGCCCCAAAAGGCCUUGGAGCCCAAAUCCAGCGAUAUUAAAGUAGAAACGCAGUGUUGGGGCUUCAAUGCUGUUCGGAGUCGGUCAAGCAAGGAAGAUAUGGGUGAGAGGGUAGUGGAGUGGUCGGGUCUUCCAAAGGAACUUCUGGAAACGAUCGGCGAAAGCCUCGACAGCCGUCUCGAUGUUCUCCGAUCUCGCAGCGUCUGUAGCUCCUGGCGUUCCUCUAUCCCUCCCUUUCACGUUCGCUCUCCUCGCUUCCCUCUCAGAUUCCCUCCACCCUAUAUUGCGCCGCCAGUUUAUCUCUGCGAAAGCACUCUCUAUCUUCUUCAACCGCUAAAUCCUUUUCCAACUUCUACUUCUUCUUCUUGCAAUAAGGGCUGGUUGAUCAAGGUCGAAGACUCAAAUUCAGGCAAAUUGCGUCUUUUAGAUCCGCUCUCCCACCGCUAUGUCGGGUACUUUCCUCUUGAUUACGCGAAGACGUUGAACUUGGCGAGCUUCCGGAUCACCGAAUUAAGCAAAGCGUAUACGCUUAGAGAUGAAAUUGUCAUCGGACCCACAUCAAACAACGAAAGAAAAUGUGUUCCCAGUUACCGAUUUGCUUGUGGCGUGAAAAAAGCAUUGAUGAUCCCAAAUUCGGCACGGACAAGUGCAGACGGUUGUGUGGUUUUCGCCAUCUUUCACAUCGGGAAAUUGGCUUUCGCAAAAUUUGGGGAUGAGGAAUGGACCACUGUGGAUGAUUGGAUUCCUUUUCUUUAUAAUGAUAUUUCUGUUUACAAUGGCCAACUCCAUGUUGUUGAUAGAUCAGGAAUAGUUUCACGGAUCGAAUAUCCACCGUCGAAUUUGGUACAGUGUUCGCAUCCGCUAACUUGUUCGGCUUCGGGUAGCCAGAAGCAUUUGGUGGAGUCGUGUGGAUCUCUUUAUCUUGUUGAUAGAUUCGAAUACGAUGGUCGACUGCGUUAUUGUUUCAAAGUGUAUAAGCUGGAUGCACAGCUAGGCCAAUGGUAUUCGGUGAAAAGCUUGGGUGAUCGAGCGUUUGUCUUGGGAACUGUUUCUUCUUUCUCUGUUUCUGCUCAAGAAAUUUUUGGAUAUAAAGGGAAUUGCAUUUACUUCACCGAUGAACACCGAAGUCAAAGUUGUGUUUUCAAUUUGAAGGAUCGCAGCAUUGGCCGUUUGACAUUUUUCACGGAUCAUUCUCAUCCAUUCUGUCCUCCCCCAACUUGGCUUAGCCCUAUCAAUCCAUCUUCUUCAUCUUGCUGAAUGCCACCAUCUUCGCAGGCUAGAGAGGCAACAGAUGUAUUAAUUGCUGGGGCUGUCUGUAAAACAUGGUCAAAGAAAGAUACCAAACGCCAAUGAGAUGCAUUCAUUGAGUCAGUAACCAAAGAAAAUGCUUAGAUCAUUAUAUCUAUGGUUUUUUUUUUGUAAGCUUUUGGAGUUUUGUAAAUGGGUUCCCGAGUCCCAUGCCCUUUGAAUGAAAUUUGAAAAUGUAUUUUGCUUUUAUCAUGGGUGUACUUUAAACUUCAACUUUCAUUCCGGCGGGGGUUUAACUAAGAAAUUG